UGUUAAAGUAUUUAUGAGAACCAUUCUGGUUCUGUCCUCUCACCACAGACUCGAACGAUGGCGGUUAACUGGCCAGGACUGCUGUCCAUAGGCGUGUUUUACGUGAUGAUACUGGCCAUGGGUGUCUGGGCAUCCAGGAAGUCCAAAUGUGAGGAGAAGAAUAGCACCGGCAACCGCAGUGAAGUCACAAUGGUUGGGGGGCGGAACUUAAACAUCUGGGUCAGCAUAUGCACCAUGACAGCCACUUGGGUGGGAGGAGGCUAUAUUUUGGGUAAUGCUGAAGUGGUCUAUGAUCCAACAAAGGGGUUGGUGUGGGCCAUUGGACCCCUUGCCUUUUUCAUGAACUUUGUUAUAGGUGCACUCUUCUUUGUGAAACCUAUUCGGUCAAAGAAGUAUGUCACCCUGAUGGACCCAUUUCAGGAGAAAUACGGCAACAAAUUGGCGGCCGUUCUAUUCAUUCCCGCUCUCAUCGGCGAUAUCUUGUGGGUAGCAUGUGUCCUUGGUGCGCUGGGAGGGACGAUAAGCGUGGUCAUGGACAUCUCCUCCAUGCUCGCCGUGUGCAUCUCGGCCGCUGUGGCGGUCUUUUACACGUUAAUGGGAGGACUCUACGCUGUGGCCUACACUGACGUCAUCCAGCUCGGCUUGAUGCUAGUUGGAUUGUGGCUCUGCGUGCCUUUCAUAUUGGCAAACCCGUCCUCCGCCAACAUCACUGUAGCCGCGGUGACCAAGCUGCACCAGGAGCCGUGGAUCGGCAGCCUACAGCUGGAAGAAGCAGGCCGCUGGGUAGACGACCUACUGCUUUUGGCCAUCGGAGGGAUCUGCUACCAGGCUUUCUACCAGAGAGUCCUGUCCACAGCCACUGAUGCGCAAUCCAAACUCACCUGCUAUGCUGGGGCAGUACUAUGCCCAAUUCUUGCCGUGCCAUCCCUCAUCAUUGGGGCAGUAGCUGCAUCGACAAAUUGGAACGAGACCAGCUACGGCUCCCCCAGCCCGUACGAACAAGGCAAAGCCGGGAUGAUCUUGCCAAUCGCCCUUCAGCACCUUUGCCCAUUUUACGUCUCACUGAUCGGUAUAGGAGCACUUGCUGCGGCUGUGAUGUCCUCGGUUGACUCUGCCCUUCUCUCUGUCGCCUCCCAACUGGGUCGAAACGUCUUCAAGAAUGUCAUCUACAAAGGGGCUUCAGAGAAACUGAUUCUUGUCGUGGUCAAAGGGUCAAUCCUCCUGUGUGGAAUAAUGGGAGCGGGUCUGGCCAUGACAACAAAGUCCGUUCACCUGCUCUGGAUCGUCAGCGCGGACGUCGUUUAUUCAAUGAUGGCUCCCCAGGUGAUAUGCACCUUCUUCUUAUCUCGGAGGGUGAACCACUACGGCGCCUGUGCAGGCUUUGUGUUGUCUCUCCUGCUGCGGGCUCUGGUGGGAGAACCCACGAUAGGCCUUCCUGACGUCCUGCCCCUGCCGUGGGACAGGAUGGUGGACGGGCGCCGGUACCGCUUGCUCCCUUUCCGCACUGCAAUCAUGCUCGUCACCAUGGCGACCAUUUUGGUAGUGUCGCGCCUCGCCUUGUGGUUGUCUGAGAAGGGGCUGCUGACAGCAGUAGGUGACGCCGAAACCGACACGCCCGUGAAGUACACAGCACCGGUCCGAAGGCAUGAGGAGAAGGAGACUGUGAGGAAAUCCUCACUGACCCCGUCCUCAUGAACACUUUCCUUGUGCAUCUUUGAAAUACUCAUGUAAGGAAUUUUCAUAACAUUUGAUAUUACCGUGUAUAAUGAGUAGCUAAAGAAUGUGGUGAAAAACAAACUAAGAAGCAGCACAUAACUCAAUACACUUACCUUUACGUCUUUUCAUUUGGGGGUCUUUGGUUGAAGCUCGAGCUUUUUUUUUACUAUUUUCCUGGUGUUAAAACAUUUUAAUUAAUUCAACAUUCCAUUGUUUUUGUAAAUGAUAAACAUAUACCUGG